AUGAAGAAGAAUUUCAAUGCAUCCGUAAGAGCUUCCUCCGCUUCCUCCCAUGUUUCCAAGACUCCUAGGGGAGCGAGGGAGGAAAGAGUUUACCUUCCCAUUGAUCCCGGUGUUGUGCUCCUUGACAUUGCCUUUGUUCCUGAUGACCCGAACCAUGGUUUCUUGUUGGGGACAAGGCAGACAAUCAUGGAAACUAAAGAUGGUGGAAAUACUUGGGUCCAGCGGUCAAUACCUUCGGCAGAAGACGAGGAUUUUAACUAUAGGUUUAAUUCUAUUAGUUUUAAGGGGAAGGAAGGAUGGAUUGUUGGAAAGCCUGCAAUUCUGCUGUACACUGCAGAUUCCGGAGAAACAUGGGAGAGAAUACCACUAAGUGCUCAACUCCCUGGUGAUAUGGUCUAUAUAAAGGCAACUGGAGAAAAGAGUGCGGAGAUGGUAACAGACGAAGGUGCAAUAUAUGUCACAUCAAAUAGGGGUUAUAACUGGAGGGCUGCAGUUCAGGAGUCUGUUUCGGCAACUCUUAACAGAACAGUUUCUAGCGGUAUUAGUGGUGCAAGUUACUAUACAGGGACUUUUAAUACUGUGAAUCGCUCUCCAAAUGGAAACUAUGUUGCCGUCUCAAGCCGUGGUAACUUCUAUCUGACGUGGGAGCCUGGUCAGGCAUUCUGGCAGCCGCAUAACAGAGCAAUUGCAAGAAGAAUUCAAAACAUGGGAUGGAGGGCGGAUGGUGGGCUCUGGCUUCUUGUUCGUGGAGGGGGGCUUUAUCUUAGCAAAGGCACUGGGAUAUCAGAGGAGUUUGAAGAAAUUCCAGUGCAAAGUAGGGGGUUUGGCAUUCUUGAUGUAGGGUACCGUUCAAAGGAAGAGGCUUGGGCAGCAGGGGGCAGUGGGGUUCUAUUGAGAACUACCAAUGGUGGCAAGACAUGGACCCGUGACAAAGCAGCUGAUAAUAUUGCUGCAAAUCUUUACUCGGUGAAGUUUAUCGAUGACAAGAAAGGAUUUGUUCUGGGAAAUGAUGGAGUCCUGCUUCGGUAUCUUGGAUAAAGAAAUUGCUGUCUCAUGGCUUCCACAUAUUUGAUGGAAAUUUUUGGCCAUGCAAAGAUCUAGGAGAAAUGCUUUCUGAAUGGCAGGAUCGAAUUCCUGAAUUCCUCUGUGUGCAGGUUUCUCAAUGAUGCUGCGAUUUUGUACGCAUAAAGCACUCCAUGUUGUGAAGAGAGGAACAAAGUUUCAUAUUGCAUGUAUUUUUUCAUGCAACUAUAAUAUGUGAAUGGCUGCUACAUUUCAUUACAUGUGGUGGUGUUCUUUAAAGUAAAGUUUGCGCAAAGACAA